AUACGGUGUGGUAUGUUCGUGGAAGGGUAUAGGCGUUAUUAUGUGAGAGGUGCACGUGUGAGUGUGUGGUGCGAGAAGUGGGGGAUUGCUCCCCACUUCUAUAAUUCUCCCCAGGAGAAUUAUUUCUCCACUCUCUUUCCUCUCUCACUCUCUCGGCAGUCUCUCUCUCCUCCUCUCCUCCGAAACCCUCUCCUCUCUUCUCUCUUCGAUUUCAUCCACCCAGGGUGUGAUUUCGGACAAGAUCCGAGAAUUAAAGUUGUUAUACGGAGCUUUCCGAAUAUCCAAGAAAAAUCAUGAUCGGACCACGUGGGAGCUUGGUUGACUUGGUUAAAGGGUCGGAUUUUGCUCAAAACUCAUGAGGUACAAAUCAAGGAAUUGACAUGGCGUGCUUGACGUGCUUGAUUGAACAUAUCAUAAAAAAAAAGGGUAUUCAAGAGGGACUUUACAUCAUAAAAUUUGAAGGAACAUUUUGGAAAGUUGAUUAUUGUAAAUAAUAAUAUUGUAAUUCCCCAAACACUGAUAUUUUGGUAACUUGGGGCCUCGAGCCAGAGAUGCACUCUUUGAAUUUUAUUUGAAAACAGUGAACAGAAAGGUCUUUUGGGAUAUUAUUUGUAUUACAACGAGGACUUUAUUUAUUAAAAGGGUUAAUUAUUUAUGUUGAAAAUCGAGUACGUGACAAUGGCGGUUAGGGCUUGGGAGUUGGGGUUGGUUCUCUUGCUGGUGUUCGGGAGGCUGAUGUGGGCCGAGCUCAUUAGGGUUCCGGUUGCUCCCCUUUGUGUUGCGAAAUCGGUUGGGGAAUCGGUGUUGCUAGGGCUUGGAGAAACUUCGAGGUGCCCGAGGAAUGGAUAUGAAUCUGUCCAAUCCGUUGACUCUGUUCGUGUUACAGAGGCCAAGUUGAAAGAUUACGGGUUAAAAAAAACCACCGCCUCCGCCACCAUCGAUGACACACUCACGGCGUACGAAGUCCUGGAGGAAUAUGAUUUCCCCAUCGGUCUUCUCCCACAAGGCAUCACUGGCUAUGAACUGGAUAAGUCAACAGGAGAAUUCUCGGCCUACUUGAACAGCACCUGCACAUUCACCAUCAGCGGCUACGAGCUCAAGUACAAGACCACAAUCACUGGUGUCAUAACCUCGGCCAAGCUUUACAAGCUGAGCGGAAUAAGUGUCAAAGUACUCUUCCUUUGGCUCAACAUUGCUGAGGUCAUUCGCGAUGAUGACGAUGAUGACGAGGAGCUCGAAUUCUCCGUCGGAAUUGCGUCCGCCGAUUUCCCCGUCGAUGGCUUUAACGAGCGCCCGCGGUGUGGCUGUGGAUUUGAUUGUGGCGACGUAAGCGGAGGAAGAACGAGAUCUAGAGGGGCUAUUGUCAAUUUGUAUCGUGUUUUAUCUGAUUUGUUGGACUGAUUCCUUAUCUAUGCUGUAACCUGUGUUCUUGUAUUGUAUAUUUGAUCCAUUGUGAUUCAACCUUUCUCAUCUACAGUAUAAAUUAUCUACCAUAGUCGUUGGUUGUUGUA